CGGUGACCUGGGUUGUGACGUCACACGGCAAGUCUCGCAAACGCCAUCUUGAACGUGAGGGCAGUUGGACCGGCCUUUUACCCAUUUUUUCAUAAAAAAAAGAAAGCCUUUUGUACUGUGAGAAUGCUUGUCCGGUACCUAAAAAGAUACCCUGAGUUAAUACCACUUUUUGUGUGUAUUGGUGCUGCUGUCGGUGGGGCUACCUGGUUUAUAGGACGUUCAUUGUUGACUCACCCAGAAGCCGCAAUCGACAAAAAGAACAACCCUUACCCUUGGCAGCGUGUGGCACCAAAUGAGCAGCGCAAGUUAUUUUCUACUAAAGACUACAGCAACCUGAAGCAUGAGAGACCAGACUAUGAAAAGGAGUCUUAGGAUAAUUUGUAUUUUUCUUACUUGUUGAUAAAUUUGAGGCUGUAAUAUUGUAUCUGCUGAACUUUAUGUUGAAGAAAAUGUAACGUUUUGGAGGAAAUUUGAAUCCUAUGUACCUAAAAGAGAGUGUGUGUACAAAUAAGGUUAUGUACAUCUAAAUGUGAUGAGACUUGUGUAAUUUCAUAGUCAGUCACCGGACAAAAAUAAGAGACUCUUAACUUAAUUGCUGGCUUGUUUGAAUGUAAUUAAAGUUACAAAUUAUUCUUA